UGUGCUGUUUUUUGUGACCACGACCUGUGCCAUUCUGUUCUACCGCCCUGCUAACUCUACCGAACACUCAGGUCCUGGCGUUGAAAACAUCUCGUGCACUGGCAUGGGCACGAUUGGCAACAUGGGUGCUGAAAUCGGUGCCACGACCUCCGUCUUCCCCUUCAACGACCGCAUGUACGACUACCUCGCCGCGACCAACCGCAAGGAGAUUGGCGACUACGCACGAUCGUACGCCGAUGGCUUGCGUGCGGACGAAAACUGCGAGUACGAUGAACACGUCGAGAUUGACCUUUCGUCCCUCGAGCCUAUGAUUAAUGGGCCUUUCACCCCUGACUUGGCCACGCCUCUGUCCAAGUUCGCCGAGACUGCCAAGGCCAACGGCUGGCCCACUGAAGUCAAGGCUUCCCUGAUCGGCUCCUGCACCAACUCCUCGUACGAGGAUAUGUCUCGUGCCGCUCACAUUGCCCGCGACGCUCUGGACCACGGUCUCAAGGCCAAGACCGGCUUCUUUGUCUCUCCCGGUUCUGAGCAGAUCCGUGCUACCAUUGCUCGUGAUGGACAGCUUCAGACGUUCGAAGAGUUCGGUGGUUCCGUCCUCGCCAACGCCUGUGGCCCCUGCAUUGGCCAGUGGGAUCGCCAGGACGUCAAGAAGGGCGAGAAGAACACCAUUGUCACCUCGUUCAACCGUAACUUCACUGGCCGCAACGACGGCAACCCUGCCACUCACUGCUUCGUCACUUCCCCCGACAUGGUUCUGGCCAUGGCCAUCGGCGGUUCCCUGACCUUCAACCCUGCCACCGACAAGCUCAAGGACAAGGACGGCAACGAGUUCAUGCUUACUCCUCCCACUGGUAUCGAGGGUCUCCCCGCGAAGGGUUACGACCCUGGUGAGAACACUUACCAGGCUCCUCCCGCCAACCGUGAGGCCGUCGAGGUUGUUGUCUCCCCCACUUCCGACCGUCUCCAGGUUCUCUCUCCCUUCAAGCCUUGGGACGGCAAGGACGCCAAGGACCUGCCCAUCCUGAUCAAGGCUCAGGGCAAGACCACCACCGAUCACAUCUCCAUGGCUGGUCCUUGGCUCAAGUACCGCGGCCACUUGGACAACAUCUCCAACAACUUGCUCAUUGGAGCUGUCAACGAGGCCAACGGCGAGGCCAACAAGGUCCAGAACUACACCAAUGGCGAGUGGGGUGCCGUCCCUGCCGUUGCCCGUGACUACAAGGCCAAGGGCAUCAGGUGGGUCGUUGUCGGCGACUGGAACUACGGCGAGGGCUCGUCCCGUGAGCACGCUGCGCUCCAGCCCCGCCACCUGGGUGGUUUGGCCAUCAUUGUUCGCUCGUUCGCCCGUAUCCACGAGACCAACUUGAAGAAGCAGGGUAUGCUUCCUCUGACUUUCGACGACCCUGCUGACUACGAAAAGAUCAAGCCUGAGGACCGCAUCGACAUCCCCUGCACUAAGCUCGCUACCGGUGUUCCUCUUGUCGCCACUGUCCACCCCAAGUCUGGUGAGGCCUUUGAGGUCAAGCUUAACCACACAUUCAACGACCCCCAGAUUGAGUGGUUCAAGAACGGUAGUGCCCUGAACACCAUGGCCAAGGCCACCAAGGCUUAAGCGUCUUGAUAAGCACGACGUCUGGAUGUAGAUACGAGGUGCACGACUUGAAGGCUGGUGUGAUGGAGAAGCAGAUCGAUACCCU